UAGUAAAACAGUUUUAAGGCAUUAAUAUGUUCGGUGUCCCUUGAAAUUCAGAUUAGCAUAUCUAUAAGUGUCACAAAAUGUCCCAGAUUGAACUCUUUAUUUGCUUUUGGGAGAGUGUAAACAAAAAGAGGCUAUCUGCUUUUAAAAGAUGCUAUUUCUAAAAGAGAGAGGUAGGUUUUUCCUAAGAUGAGAAAUUGUCGCUCUUACAAUAGUUAAAUAUUGGGGCUCAUAUGGCUCCUAAGAUAAGAGGAAAAAUUGCUUGUGGUGGCCUCAAGGCUCUCUCAUUUGCUAACAUGAAUUUCUUGUCUUUGGGAGAUUACUCAAUAGAAAUUAUGGAAGUCUCCUAGGUGUUCAAUCAUCGUUGUAAUUGUAACUACUGCUUCAAUCCUAGACACUUUUUCUUAAUUUUCAAAUUAAUAUUCCCAUAGGCAUUUGAUGCACUUUAGGCUGAAGAAAUGCAUCAAACACAUCCUGGAACGACUUGACCCAUUUUCAAUUGUUGCCGAUGAACUAUCACUUAUUGCUACCAGGCUGCGGUCAAUGGUAGCUGCUGAAGUUCCUAAUCUUGCUUCAGCAGCGGAGUACUUCUUCAAAAUUGGGGCUGAAGGAAAAAGGUUUCGUCCCACGGUUUUACUUUUAAUGGCGACAGCUUUGAAUGUGCGUAUACCUGAACUACCUCCUGCUGGAGUUGGAGAUAAUUUGCCAACUGAUUUGCGUACAAGGCAGCAGCGUAUAGCUGAGAUCACGGAGAUGAUCCACGUGGCAAGCCUCCUUCAUGAUGAUGUCUUGGAUGAUGCAGACACAAGACGCGGUGUUGGUUCAUUAAAUGCUGUAAUGGGCAAUAAGUUAGCUGUCUUAGCUGGAGAUUUCCUGCUUUCACGAGCUUGCUUGACCCUUGCUUCUUUAAAAAAUACAGAGGUUGUUACCUUAAUUGCAACAGUUGUCGAGAAUCUUGUUACCGGGGAAACCAUGCAACUUACAACUGCUUCUACUAAACGUUUUAGCAUGGAGUAUUACAUGCAAAAGACAUACAACAAGACUGCUUCCCUGAUGUCAAACAGCUGCAAGUCAGUUGCCAUUCUUGCUGGGCACUCGGCAGAAGUUGCAAAGUUGGCUUUUGAGUAUGGAAAAAAUCUGGGAUUAGCAUUUCAAUUGAUAGAUGAUGUUCUUGAUUUCACAGGCACAUCAGCAUCCCUUGGAAAGGGUUCUUUGUCUGAUAUCCGACACGGAAUCAUAACUGCUCCAAUCCUGUUUGCCAUGGAAGAAUUUCCUCAAUUGCGUGCAGUUGUUGACAAGGGAUUUGACAACCCUGCAAAUGUUGACAUAGCACUGGAGUAUCUAGGGAAGAGUAGGGGAAUAGAAAGGACCAAGGAAUUAGCCAUGAAGCAUGCAAACCAAGCUGCAGCAGCCAUUGAUUCACUUCCCCAAAGUGAUGAUGAAGAUGUAAUGAAGUCGAGGCUGGCACUCGUUGAUCUCACUCAAAGAGUAAUCACCAGAAAUAAGUGACACAAAAGACUAUCAAGUUUGUUUUCACCAAUACAGAUUUCUUUCGAGUUCUACAAAAUUAUUUAGUUUUAAGGGGU